CAGUGGGUUCAGUUCUGGUCUGGGUCAGUGUCCUCCUUAGCUUCACGUCAUCAUCAUCUUAACCCGUGUUGCACUAGCUGGCUUGCCUGGACGUGCGACGCCAUCGAUUUCUUCGCAGUGUCACUCACAAUAAACCUCCUGUCAAAACAAUUUAACCAGUCGACAAGUUCGAUCGUGCGCUUUUUUGGUCCUUCCUUCGCUGCUUGUGCGCUAAUGUACACCGCGGUCACAGACGACCGCUAUAACGUUGACCCUUUUAUUCCGACCUGUCGGCGCUAUUAUUUUCGGUAUCUUAUCUGAUCGAUUUGGUCGCAAGUGGCCAUUGGUGUUCAAUCUCCUUCUCUGCUGUGUCUUUGAGCUUGCAACUGGCUUUGUCAACACAUUUCCGCAAUUCCUCGGCGUUCGUGCUAUAUUCGGUAUUGCCAUGGGUGGAAUAUGGGGACUUUCGUCAGCAUCAGCUCUUGAGAACUUGCCUGUCGAACUUCGUGGGAUUGGAAGUGGAGUUUUGCAGGAAGGCUAUGCUGUUGGAUACCUGCUCGCAGCUGUGAUAAACUUGACCCUGGUAGCCCAACACGGAUGGCGGGUCCUUUUCUGGACUGCAUCAGGCAUCAGCUUCUUUGCUGCAGUCGUUCGCAUGAUCGUCCCAGAGAGCGCGUUCUUCCUGCGUGCCAAAGAACAAGAGAAGGCGAGAGGGACCAAUACCUCACAGAAAACUAAAACCUUCAUUAAAGAAACGAAGGCGAUGCUUAAGCGUCACUGGCUCUUAUGCAUUUAUGCUGUACUCUUAAUGACAGGUUUCAACUUCUUGUCUCACGGUUCACAGGAUUUGUAUCCCACGUUCCUCGAGGAUAGCAAGAGUUUUAGCACUCACGACGCCACUGUCGCGACCAUUAUUGGCAACUGUGGUGCGGUUGCCGGUGGUGCUAUUGCUGGAUCGGUGAGCCAGUACAUCGGACGCCGCCUGACGAUUGUAAUUUUCGUGCUUCUCGUUGGAGCAUUCAUUCCAUUAUGGGUUCUACCUUCCUCAUUUUCUGCCCUCUCUGCUGGGGCAUUCUGUAUCCAAGUUGGUGUUCAAGGCGCUUGGGGUGUCAUCCCGAUCCAACUGGCUGAGAUGUCCCCGCCAGCUUUCAGAGCAACAUUUCCUGGUGUUGCUUACCAGAUUGGCAACAUGAUAUCGGCAGCAUCAGCUCAGAUUGAAGCCACUGGUGCUGCCAACUUGAAGACAACGAUCAUAGUGGACGGAGUUCCUAAGUCGGAGGCAAAUUAUGCAACUGUGCAAGCCAUCUUCAUUGGUGUCGUUUCUGCAUUCGUAGUGAUUAUCACAAUCAUUGGGCCUGAAAACCACGGCUCACAUUUCGAGAACCAUAAGACUGCUUUCGAAGAAGGAGGCGGGAGAGAUGAUGCUGUGGCUGAUAGCGCAUCACAAACGUCAUUUCACGAAGUCAACUCGGAGAAGAGCAGCGCUUAGGCUGCGUGAGCGCCUCCGCCUCUGUAUGAACAUGAUCGUAGUAUUUAUUUAUCUACAGUUAAUCAUGUGUUUGAAACACAAAAAUGACUUUGUGUACUGUUACACGACUGUAACGCAUCUCCAGUAUAUUUUUUCCAUGUAAACAUACACUUCAUGACUACAGUAAUUUUUAUACCUUUGCAGCCAUUUGUGCACGUUGAUUUCGAACUGCUUGGAAUCUUACCAUUUCCCCAUCGAGCCUUGGCAAAAAC